GUCCCUUUGAAGAGUGAAGGUGAUGAAGAGGAAGCUCAGUCCUCACAGCUUCAUCAAAGAAAAACUCAACUCAUGGAAACAGAAGCUGACGGAGUGGAGUGUGGAGGACCAGAACAAGCCAAGAACUCACAUCCAAGUUUACAGCCACAGACUGAAGACCAGACUGGAGACUCUUCUGAACCUGAGACUGAUGACAGUGCUGAUUGGAAGGAGACCAGAGAACCUCAGUCAGCUUUAAACUCUCUCAAACAGGAUUCAGCGUGUAAGAAACCAUUCAGCUGCUCUGAGUGUGGCAACAGAUUUGGCUACAAUGCACACCUGAAGAUCCACAUGAGAACUCACACAGGUGAAAAGCCUUUCAGCUGCAGUGUUUGUAAUAAAUCUUUUACAAUAAGUGGACAUUUACAGUACCACAUGAAAACUCACACAGGUGAAAAACCUUUCAGCUGCUCUGAGUGUGAUAAAGCUUUCACUGGAAGUGGAAACCUGAAGAAACACAUGAGAACUCACACAGGAGAGAAGCCUUUUAGCUGCUCAGAGUGUGAUAAAGCUUUCUCUGCGAGUGGAACCAUGAAGAAACAUAUGAAAACUCACACGGGAGAAAGACCUUUCAGCUGCUCUGAGUGUGGCAACAGAUUCGGUAACAAGGCACGGCUGAAGAGCCACAUGAGAUCUCACACAGGAGAGAAGCCUUUCAGCUGCUCUGAGUGUGAUAAAGCUUUCACUGGAAGAGGAAACCUGAAGAAACACAUGAGAACUCACACAGGUGAAAAAUCUUUCAGCUGCAAUGUUUGUAACAGAAGAUUUGCCUGGCGUUCUGAUGUCAAAACGCAUAAAUGUGUUGGUCCGAUGGAAACAGAAGCUGACGGAGAGGACUGUGGAGGACCAGAACCAGCCAGGAACUCACAUCCACGUUUACAACAGGAGACUGAAGACCAGACUGGAGACUCUUCGGAUCCUGAGACUGGUGACAUGGAAUAGCGUUUGUGCCUUUAAGUCCAAGCAAAACUUCUCAAGUAUCAAACAAAGAUCUGUAUGUAUCAACAUCUACAGUAUAUAGAAGACAUUAUAUUGUGCGGUUGGAAA